AUGGAAUCUCUUGUUUCUGAAACAAGGACUCCUAUCAGGAUUGGGGACCGAUCAACCAGUGAUGUUGUUGUGAGGAUACGGACACAGGAUGGGCGGGAUGAUUGGUUUUAUUGUCACUCGCAGGUCCUCAUAGAAAAGAGCAAGUAUUUCGCUGAUCGCCUCUCUGAAAAUUGGCCAACAUGUCAGAUUCUUGACUCACGCAACUGCGUUGAGGUAUACUGCCAAGAAUCAGAAUUUGACCACCAUGUCAGUGUCCUCCGCCUUCUCUACAAUGUAAUAGAUGGCUUCGUUGAUGACAUGUGGCAUGGUGUUAAAAAUGCCCUUGGAAUUCUUCAGGUAGCUGUCAAUCUUGGAUGCCCACAAAUCAUAACUGCUUGUGUGGACUACUUAGAAGCAGUCCCCUGGGAAGAGUCUGAGGAGGAGGAGAUUUUAAAAAUCAUACCACGGCUCGGAACACAAGUGGAGCCAAUUCUUGCCCGUCUCCUACCAGUCAAACAAUCAGCCAUAAUGGGAAUUUUUUUCUCAACCAUCCGAUUUGCCACAUCUUCCCCUCCUCCAAUCAUGAAUGAUCUCAAGUCUUCAGCCCAGGAACAGCUUGAGUACAUGCUAACCGAAGAUGAUGAUGCCCCUCUCUUAGCAGCUGAUGACGAGAUAAAAUCUGAGGUGAAAGAUUGUGUGAAGAGACUAUUUGAAAGAUUUAAUAAUCUAUUAGAAGCUUUAUUAUGUGAGAUGGAAUUAUUUUCUGAUGGACGGAAGAUGCAUUCAUUUCAAUCACUUUUAUCAGAUCUGUCAUGGGCAUGUCAGAUAUUAUGUAAGUUGGAAAUUAUGAGGGAACUUGUCUGCAACUGGACGGAUGCAUCAGAUAAAAUAGUUAAGGUUGUAAAGGAAGCAAGCCCAACAGCUGAAUUGAUUGAGACAAAGCUGAGGGUUAUUGAGGUGGCGGCAAAGAUUCUAGAGGCAAUAGGUUAUGGCACGGUUGUUUUGCCCACGGCAAAACGGCUUCAUAUGGUGAAGGUGUGGCUUCCUUUUGUUAGGGUUGCGAAACCACUGAUCGAUUCUGUCACAACUGCCCGUGAUGAUGCUCCAACAGUGAAAAUGGAUAGUGAGCUGUGGCAAUCCCUAGAAUCCACAUUUGUUUCAGUAAUUCUUGCACUUCCAUCAGCGGAGCAGGCGGAGAUAUUGACCGAAUGGUUGGGAAAUGAGCAUAUUCAAUAUCCUGACCUAACUGAGGCAUUUGAGGUAUGGUGUUACAGAUCCAAGAAACCUGGGGAGAAAGGAGGAUGA